AUGAAGUCCUCUGCGCAGUUCUCCGCUCUGGCCGGCGCCGUUCUCCUGGCCGCCACCGGCAGCCAUGCCGCCCCCACGGUCGACACCACCUACCCCUACACGGGCCCCGACGUGCCCGUCGGCGACUGGGUCGACAACACGCCCAGCGGCAACGGCCGCGGCUUCCCGCGCCUGGUGGAGCCGCCCGCUGUGACGCCCGCUUCCAAGAACCCGACCAACAACGUCAACGUCAUCUCGCUGGCGUACGUCCCCGGCGGCAUCAACAUCCACUACCAGACGCCCUUUGGCCUGGGCGAGGCGCCGUCGGUCGCCUGGGGCACGAGCGCGGCCGCGCUGACCAACACGGCCACGGGCGCCUCGCACAGCUACGAGCGCACGCCGCCGUGCUCGCUGGUGGCCGCCGUGACGCAGUGCUCGCAGUUCUUCCACGAGGUGCAGCUGACGGGCCUCAAGCCGGACACGACGUACUACUACCAGAUCCCCGCGGCCAACGGCACGACCGCGUCCGAGGUGCUGCACUUCACGACGGCCCGCGCCGCCGGCGACGCCAAGCCCUUUACCGUGGCCGUGCUCAACGACAUGGGCUACACCAACGCCCAGGGCACCUUCUCGCAGCUGCGCGCCCUGACUGACGACGGCACGCUGGCCUUUGCCUGGCACGGCGGCGACAUCAGCUACGCCGACGACUGGUACUCGGGCAUCCUGCCGUGCGAGGACUCGUGGCCCGUCUGCUACAACGGCUCCGACACGCGCCUCCCCCCCGGCGAGAUCCCCGGCGACGCCUACGCCAAGGCGCCCCUCCCAGACGGCGAGAUCGCCAACCAGGGCGGCCCCCAGGGCGGCGACAUGAGCGUGCUCUACGAGAGCAACUGGGAUCUGUGGCAGCAGUGGCUGCAGGGCGUGGCCGGCAAGGUGCCCUACAUGGUGAUGCCAGGCAACCACGAGGCCGCCUGCGCCGAGUUCGACGGCCCCAACAACGAGCUGACGGCCUAUCUCGUCAACGACAAGGCCAACUCGACCGCCGCCAAGUCGGGGCUCAACUACUUCUCCUGCCCGCCGACGCAGCGCAACUUCACUGCCUACCAGCACCGCUUCCGCAUGCCCGGCGCCGAGUCCGGCGGCGUCGGCAACAUGUGGUACUCGUUCGACUACGGCCUGGCGCACUUUGUGUCGCUCAACGGCGAGACCGACUACGCCAACAGCCCCGAGUGGCCCUUUAUCCGCGACACCAAGGGCGCCGCCGGCGAGCCCGCCGAGAGCGUGACCUUCAUCACGGACUCGGGCCCCUUUGGCUUCAUCGAGAACAACGCCUACCAGACCACCUCGGCCUACGAGCAGUACCAGUGGCUCGUCAACGACCUCAAGAGCGUCGACCGCACCAAGACGCCCUGGGUCUUUGUCAUGUCCCACCGCCCCAUGUACUCGAGCGGCUCCGCGGCCUACCAGAAGAACAUCCGUGCCGCCUUUGAGGCCGUGCUGCUCCAGUACGGCGUCGACGCCUACUUUGCCGGCCACAUCCACUGGUACGAGCGUCUCGUCCCGCUCGCCGCCAACGGCGUCAUCGACACCGACUCCAUCAUCGACAAGAACACCUACUACGCCAACAACGGCAAGUCCAUCACCCACAUCACCAACGGCAUGGCCGGCAACAUCGAGUCCCACUCCACCCUCACGUCCUCCGAGACCGUCGAGAACAUCACCGCCGUCCUCGACACCACCCACUACGGCUUCAGCCGCCUCGACAUCCACAACGCCUCCGUCGUCACCCUCAACUUUGUGCUCGGCAACGGCAACGGCUUCGGCGACUCCCUGACGCUCAUCAAGAAGGAGGCGACGCCGCCGCCGACUUCGUCGUCUGCGUCGUCCUCGGCCCCUGCGUCGUCUGCGUCGUCCGUGUCGUCUGCUUCUUCUGCCUCUGCAUCUGCGUCGACCUCUGUCUCCUCGGCCUCUGCCUCCUCCUCCGAGGACUGCAGCGCAUCGUCCGAGGCGGGCGCCUCGUCGUCGCAGUCGUCGUCGGCUGGCCAGAGUGCGUCGGCCUCGGCCUCGUCCUCUGCGCCUGCGUCUGUGUCGGCCUCGCCCAGCGGCUCUGCAUCGUCUUCUGCCUCCCAGAGCGCGUCUGCCUCCUCGUCCGCCUCGGUCGUCGUGCCCCCCGUCUCGGUCUCGUCCGCGUCGUCUGCCUCCGAGUCUGCUGCGUCCUCGUCGAUUGCCGACUGUGAAUCGUCGUCGAUCUCCGCCUCGGCGUCGGCGUCUGCGUCUGCGUCUGCUGCGUCUUCCUCUGCCUCGGAGUCUGCAUCCUCGUCGAUUGCCGACUGUGAAUCCUCGUCGAUUUCCGCCUCGGCCUCCGCCUCUGGCUCUGCUUCGGCGUCUGCUUCUGCUUCUGCGUCUGCGUCUGCCUCUGAGUCUGGGUCCUCGUCGAUUGCCGACUGUGAAUCCUCGUCCGAGUCCGCCUCGGCCUCUGCGUCUGCUUCCGCCUCCGCCUCCGCCUCUGUCCCUGCGUCGGUCUCGGCGUCUUCGUCCGAGUCCAUCGUCCCCUCUUCCAUUGCCGACUGUGAGUCGACUUCGGUGAGUGGCUCCGCUUCUGCGUCGGCUUCGGUUUCGGCCUCGGCUUCUGCUUCUGCCUCCGCCUCGGCUUCCGUCUCGGCUUCCGCUUCGGCCUCGGAGUCGGGUGUCUCGUCCUCGAUUGCAGACUGUGAGACUUCGAGCGGAUCUGCCUCUACUUCCGCUUCGGCCUCUGCCUCUGCGUCCGUUUCGGCCUCUGCCUCUGCUUCCGCUUCCGCUUCCGCUUCCGCUUCCGCUUCCGCUUCGGCCUCUGUCUCCUCGGAGCCGAUUGUUCCGUCGUCCAUUGCCGACUGUGAAACGUCAUCCACGUCUGGCAGUGUCUCUGCUUCGGCCAGCGGCUCGGUCUCUGCCAGCGGCUCGGCUAUUGCCACUGGCUCGGCUUCAGCCUCAAACUCCGCGUCAGGCUCUGCCUCGCCCUCUGGCUCUGCUUCCGCCUCUACGUCUGGCGGCGCCUCUGCUUCGGCGUCCAAGUCCGCCGCCUCGUCCAACCCGGCUUCCGCCUCUGCUUCGGCGUCCAAGUCCGCCGCUUCGUCCAACCCGGCUUCCGCCUCUGCCUCCGCCUCCAAGUCUGGCGGCGCUGGUGGCGUCGGUGGUGUCACCACCACCACCGAGGUCGUUACCGCCUACACCACCUACUGCCCCGGCGCCACUACCUUCACCCAGGGCUCGCACACCUACACCGUCUCCAGCGCCACCACCCUCACCAUCACUGACUGCCCCUGCACCCUGACCCACACCAUCUCCUCGGCCACGCCCUCCGCUAGCUCUACGGUUGUUGGCGGCGGCUCGGGUGGCAGCGGCAGUGGCUCGGGCAAUGGCAAUGGCAAUGGCAACGGUAACGGUAAUGGUAACGGCAACGGCAACGGCAACGGCAAUGGCAAUGGCAAUGGCAAUGGCAAUGGCAAUGGCAACGGCAACGGCAACGGCAAUGGCAACAGCAACGGCAACGGCAACGGCAACGGCAACGGCUCGGGCUCUGUCGCUGCCGCCGGUACUACCCCCGCCAGCACUACUCCUGCUGGCACUGCCCCUGCCGGCACUACUCCUGCCGGCACUACUCCUGCCGCCGGUAGCCCCACCGGGUCUGCCGCCGCCUCGGCGUCGUCGCCCUCGAGUGUUGUCACGGCCGGCGCUUUCCAGACCCAGGCUUCGACUCUGCUCGCCUCCGUCAGCGCCCUUCUUGUCGCUGUCCGCCUGCUGCUGUAA